AUGAAGGUGCUUCCCAGCCUCCUGCUCUCUGUCCUUCUGGCAGGGGUGUGGCUGGUGCCUGGAUUGGCCCUGGGCCUUCAUUGGUCGGAAGCCUGGGCAGGAGUAGAGACUCAGGGGCACCAAGCUCCUCUGAAUCAGACUUGGGAGGAAGUGCAGGCUCCCCCCGAUGAUGAAGGCAAGGAGACCUGGCUGAGGGCCAGCGAGCAGCAGCUCUCCAAUGAGACCUCGAACUUCGGGUUUAGUCUGCUGCGGAAGAUCUCCCUGAAGCACGAUGGCAAUGUGGUCUUCUCUCCGCUUGGCGUGGCCAUGGCCAUGGCAGGCUUGAUGCUGGGGGCCACAGGGGAGACCAGAGCCCAGGUGGAGAGUGGACUCCACCUGCAGGCUCUGAGCCAGAUGGAGCCCAGGCUGCUGCCAGCCCUCUUUAGGAGACUCAGGGAGACCCUCUCCAGCAACCGGGAGCUGGGUCUCACCCACGGGAGCCUGGCUUUCAUCCACAAGGAUUUUGAUGUGAAAGAGACCUUUCUCAAUUUAUCCAAGAGGUAUUUUGAUACAGAGUGUGUGCCUACGAAUUUCCGCAACGCCUCACAGGCCAGAGGGCUGAUGAAUCUCUACAUUAACAAAGAAACUCAGGGGAAAAUUCCCAAACUCUUUGAUGAGAUUAAUCCUGAAGCCAAAUUAAUCCUUGUGGAUUACAUCUUGUUCAAAGGGAAAUGGCUGACCCCGUUUGACUCUGCCUUCACCGAGGCUGACACCUUCCAUCUGGACAAGUACAAGGCAGUUAAGGUGCCCAUGAUGUACAGGGCAGGUCACUUUGCCUCUACCUUUGAUAAGAAUUUUCGUUGCCACAUCCUCAAACUGCCCUACCGAGGAAACGCCACCAUGCUGGUGGUCCUCAUGGAGAGAACAGGUGACCACCUGGCACUGGAGGACUACCUGACAUCAGACCUGGUACAGACAUGGCUUCGGAACAUGAAAACCAGGAAAAUGGAGGUUUUCUUUCCCAAGUUCAAGCUGGACCAGAAGUAUGAGAUGCACGAGCUGCUCAAACAGAUGGGAAUCAGAAGAAUCUUCUCAUCCUCAGCUGACCUCAGUGAACUCUCGGCCACGGCAAGAAAGCUUCAGGUGUCCAAGGUCUUACAACAAUCAGUGAUUGAGGUGGAUGAAAAAGGCACUGAGGCUGUGGCAGGAAUGAUGUCAGAAAUCGUUGCCUAUUCCAUGCCUCCCAUCGUCAAAGUGGACCGGCCGUUUCACUUCAUGAUCUAUGAGGAAACCUCCAGGACGCUCCUGUUUCUGGGCAGGGUGGUGAACCCAACUCUCCUGUGA